UUGUUCUUGAUGAGUUGUGGUGCAAACAAUUUUCUUCUUUCCACUCUCUCCAAAUAUUCUCUUUACAGUUUCCUGCAAAAUUCUCAAUCUCUCUAACCCCUACCUUCCUUCAAUUCAUCAAACCCUAAAACCAUUAUCUCAAAUUCCUGGUAAUUUUUUCUUCAAUUCUCUAUGUAUUCCGAUCCCGUCAAUUCAAUUUAACAAUUCUCAGAUCUCGUUUUCUGAUUCAGUUAUUGCUCCUUCUACUUGGGGUUUAUCUUCAACAUCGAGAUUUUUCGAUAAUUUCAGAUUUUUCAAUUACGAUCUCGAGGUUUAGCUAUAACAUCGAGAUUUUUUGAUAAUUUGAGAUUAUCGGAAUCGGAGCGUGAAAUUUUUGAAGAAUUUUGUGAGAUUCAAGUGGAAGUGUUAGGUUUAGGGUUUUUGGUGAUGGCAUCGAAUCCUCCAUUUCAGAUGGAGGAUCAGACGGAUGAGGAUUUUUUCGAUAAGCUUGUUGAGGACGAUGAUGAUGUGGGGCCUGUUAAGCCUGUUGUUAUUAAGUCUGGUAAUGAUGAAGGGAAUGAUUCUGAUGACGCGAAUGCGUUUGCAAAUCUGAGUAUAAGUGAUGUUGAUGCUGGUGCAUUUGAUAAUUCGGUUGUUGGGGAAAGUGGGGUUGAAGUCAAAGAGGAAUUGGGUGUUGUGAAAUCUGAUGUGGGUUUAGAUGGUGGAGGUGAUGAUGACGGUAAGGAGGGGAAUUUGUUGAUGGGUUCUAGUUCAGUUGAGUGUGAUAGUAAGACGGAGCUUGGUAAGGAAGAGAUUGGGAUUGGAUCAGAGUUCACUGCCGUUGCACCUGUUGGCAAGAGCAAUGAGGUUGCUAGUUCGGGUUUAAUGGACAUUGCAGCUGUUGGCGAGAGCAAUGAGGUUGCUCUUUCGGGGAUUAAGGAGAAAGAUUGGAAUUGUUUCAGUGCUGAUGAUGCAAAUGGAGUUGGCGGGUUUGGAUCAUAUUCUGACUUUUUUAGUGAGUUAGGAGAUCAAUCCAGUGAUUUUCCGGUGAUUUCACACGAUAAUUUAAAUAGUCAGGUGAGUCCUGUUAUCGAAGCUCAUAAUGUUGUCUUAAAUAGUUCGGUAGAUUACUCGCAAUAUCAAGGAGUUCAAGGUUAUGAUACGUCUUUUGAUAAUCAUACGGGCAAGCAAGGUGAUGGCUUAAAUACUUCAGUCAAUUAUGUGCAAUAUCAAGAGGGUGGUGGAGCUUAUGAUGCAUCUUCAAACCUACAUAAUAAUGGACAAGAUCUGAGCAGUAGUCAGAAUUGGGAGGAUCUUUAUCCUGGCUGGAAGUAUGACCAUAUCACCGGGCAAUGGUAUCAGAUAGAAGACUACAAUGCAACAACUACUAGUCAGCAAACUUCUGAAGCCAAUACAGCGGUGGAUUGGGCUGCUGCUUCUGAUGGAAAAACAGAGAUCUCUUAUUUGCAACAAGCUGCCCAGUCUGUUGCUGGAACUUUGGCAGAAACAGGCACAACUGAAAGUGUGUCUAGCUGGAAUCAGGUUUCACAAGGAAAUAAUGGGUACCUGGAGCAUAUGGUUUUUGAUCCUCAAUAUCCUGAUUGGUAUUAUGAUACAAUUGCCCAAGAAUGGCGCUCAUUGGCAACUUACAAUUCAUCCGUUCAAUCUUCUGUUCAUGGACUUCAAAAUGGGCAUACUUCUACCAGUACUUCCUCCUUCAAUGAUGAUAACAGUUUGUAUAGUGAGUAUAGCCAAGCUGGUAAUCAUGUAUCACAGGGUGUUGGUAGUCAGGCGGUAAAUGGUAGCUGGAGUGGUUCACAUGGUGUUAGUCAAGCUGGUAAUUAUGAUGGAUCACAUGGUGUUGGUAGUCAGGCAGUAAAUGGUAGUUGGAGUGGUUCACAUGGUGUUAACCAAGCUGGUAAUUAUGGCGGAUCACAGGGUGUUGGUAGUCAGGCGGUAAAUGGUAGCUGGAGUGGUUCGCAUGGUGUUAACCAAGCAGGUAAUUAUGGCGGAUCACAGGGUGUUGGUAGUCAGGCGGUAAAUGGUAGCUGGAGUGGUUCGCAUGGUGUUAACCACCAGCAGGGUUUUGAUAUGUAUGCGACUGAGGCUUCCACUAAAAUAGGGAAUAAUACAGCUUCUAGUGGUAACCAGCAAGUUCACCAUUCUUAUGGUAACCAGCAAGUAAAUACUUCUAGUUCCUUUGGAUCGGUUGCAUUAAACAAUAAGGGAUCUUUUGAACCCAAAGCUUUUGUCCCUCACAGGGACAUUGCUCAUCAGUUUAAUUAUCAAGACACAGAGUUUGAUAAUGGAACUUUUGCACCCAAAACUUUUGUCCCUCACGGGGACAUUGCUCAACAGUUUAAUUAUCCAAACACAAAGUUUGAUGAACAAAAACAAUUCUCGAAUGUUUUUGCUGAAAAUCAGAACUCCCAUAGUUAUUCCCAGCAACCAAUCCAGGGUGGACUUCAAUAUUCUUAUGCCCCUCAUGCUGGAAGAUCAUCUGCUGGGCGUCCUUCUCAUGCCUUAGUAACUUUCGGAUUUGGUGGAAAACUCAUCAUAAUGAAAGAUCCAAGUGCUUUGACUGCAUCAUAUGGAAGCCAGGAUUCUGUACAAGGUUCUAUUUCUGUGUUGAACUUGAUGGAAGCCGUCACAGGAAGCAACAAUUCUUUGACUAUUGGAAAUGCUACUGGUGAUUAUUUUCGUGCUCUAAGCCAGCAAUCUUUCCCAGGUCCAUUAGUUGGUGGUAGUGUUGGAAGUAAGGAGCUGUACAAAUGGUUAGAUGAGAGGAUUGCACGCUGCGAAUCACCUGACAUGGAUUAUAAGAAAGGUGAAAGGUUGAGACUCCUCCUCUCCUUGCUUAAAAUAGCUUGUCAGCAUUAUGGAAAAUUACGUUCUCCUUUUGGUACAGAUACCAUACUAAAAGAAAAUGAUGCUCCUGAGUCAGCAGUUGCAAAGCUUUUUGCAUCUGCCAAGGUUAAUGGGACAGAGUUCACUCAGUAUGGGAUGCCAAGUCAUUGCCUGCAAAAUUUUCCUUCUGAAGAACAAAUGAAGGCAAUUGCUUCUGAAAUGCAAAAUCUUCUUGUCUCUGGCAAAAAGAUGGAGGCUUUACAGCGUGCACAAGAAGGGCAAUUGUGGGGACCUGCACUUGUUCUUGCUUCACAACUCGGUGAGCAGUUCUAUGUUGAUACAGUAAGGCAAAUGGCACUUCGUCAGUUGGUUGCAGGGUCACCUCUACGCACAUUAUGCCUUUUAAUUGCUGGGCGACCAAAUGAUGUAUUCCCUACCGAAGAAACCUCAAUUAGUGGGCAUCCUGGUGCUGUUGGUAUGCCUCAGCAGUCUGAACAGGCUGGAUCUAAUGAUAUGCUUGAAGACUGGGAGGAGAAUCUGGCUGUAAUAACUGCAAACAGAACCAAAGGUGACGAACUUGUAAUGAUGCACCUUGGUGAUUGCCUGUGGAAGGAAAAAAGAGAGAUUACUGCUGCACACAUCUGCUAUUUAAUUGCUGAAGUAAACUUCUCGUCAUACUCGGACGCUACAAGACUUUGCCUAAUAGGAGCAGAUCACUGGACACGUCCUCGAACUUAUGCUAGUCCAGAAGCUAUUCAGAGGACAGAGUUAUAUGAAUAUUCAAAGCUGCUUGGAAACUCUCAGUUUGUUUUGCAUUCAUUUCAACCAUAUAAGCUUAUAUAUGCACAUAUGCUAGCUGAAGUGGGAAAGGUUUCGGACUCGUUGAAGUACUGCCAAGCAGUACUGAAAUCCUUGAAAACUGGCCGUGCUCCGGAAGUAGAAACGUGGAAACAGCUGGUAUUAGCUCUCGAGGAGAGAAUUAGGACCCACCAACAGGGUGGAUAUGCUGCAAAUUUAGCUCCUGCAAAAUUAGUUGGUAAAUUGCUCAACUUUUUUGAUAGCACUGCCCAUCGAGUUGUUGGUGGUUUACCACCACCUGCUCCAACAUCAUCACAAGCAACCGUUCAUGGAAGUGAACAGCAUUACCAGCAUAUGGCACCAAGAGUAUCUACUAGCCAGUCAACAAUGGCCAUGUCAUCUUUAGUUCCAUCUGCUUCACUGGAACCCAUAAGUGAGUGGACAGCUGACAAUAAUAGAAUGGCAGCAAAGCCUAAUAGAAGUGUUUCAGAGCCAGAUAUUGGUAGAAGCCCAAGACAGGAAUCGCCAUCACCUGAUGCACAAGGAAAAGUCCAGGUAUCAGGGGGUGCAUCACGCUUUUCGCGAUUUGGUUUUGGGUCACAACUUCUGCAAAAAACAGUGGGGCUAGUCUUGAGAUCUGGAAAACAGGCUAAAUUGGGAGAGAAAAACAAGUUUUAUUAUGACGAAAAGCUGAAGAGAUGGGUAGAGGAAGGUGCUGAAGUUCCAGCUGAAGAAGCUGCUCUGCCACCACCACCUCCGACAACUGCUGCUUUCCAGAAUGGUUCAGCUGACUACAAUUUAAAAUCUGCAUUGAAGACAGAAGGUUUGACUCCAAAUGAGUUCUCGAGCACAAGAACUUCAAGUCCUGAACUUAGUCCAGGGAUGCCACCUAUACCACCUAGCUCAAAUCAAUUCUCUGCUCGCAGUCGUCUUGGUGUUCGGUCAAGAUAUGUUGACACCUUCAACCAAAAUGGUGGAAGCUCUGCAAACUUGUUUCAGUCCCCUUCCGUUCAAUCUGUGAAACCUGCUCUUCCCGCCAAUGCAAAGUUUUUUAUUCCAGCUCCUGUACCAUCAUCAAGUGAGCAGAAUAUGGAGGCUAUUGCUGAAAGCAACCUAGAAGAUAGUGCAGCUAAUGAAAACCCUUCUACAUCUUCCACAAAUGAUUGGUCAUACCAUCCUCCAAAACACGCACAAACAAUGACCAUGCAAAGGUUUCCAAGUGCGGGCAACAUCUCAAAACAGGGGCAGACAGAUGGCAAUGAGUCUCAUUUUUCCCAUUCUCGUCGAACAGCUUCAUGGAGUGGAAGUUUUAAUGAUUCAUUUAGCCCCCCAAAAAUGGGUGAAAUUAAGCCUUCAGGGGCAGCUUUGGGCAUGCCACCAUCAGCGUUUAUGCCUGAUCCAUCAUCUUUAAUGCAAGGGCCUACGAGAAGUGGCAGUUUCGGUGAAGAUCUUCAAGAGGUUGAACUAUGAGCAUAUACUCAAGCUUGUAAAUAUCAAAAUUUGUUUUGAUCAUCAGAAUAAUUGGGACGUCCCUGCUUCUGCAUUUCUCUAGAAGUACGGAAUAGUGGAACAUCAGAUGGAGUUUAUACAGAAAAAAAAAAAAAAAAAAAAUCCAUCUCCAUUCCCCGUUCCCAUUCUCUUCUCAGGUUCCCAACUCCCGACCUGGUGAUGUAAGAUUAAAUGUGGUCUGCUCACUUGAUAGUGGGUGCUGUUUUGUUUAAAAUGUGAAAGAGUUGACCCCAGCUACCAUAUCAGGAUUAUGGAACUGGUGGCAAGAAAUGUGGCCUCCUGUUUAGGACUCAUUUGUUCAUUUUAAUUUAUCAAACAAGAAACAAAAUGCCCUGCCAGGGAAAAAGAUGUCCUCAAACAGAUCAAGGACAAAGUAUAGUUUAUGGAAUUGUAACAUAUAGAUUUAUACCUUUUGUAUUUGUUUCAGUUUUUAAUCGAUAUUAAAUUUCCAGAUCA